GAGCUGCCCCUCGGUGCAGACGCCUGGGAGCCGCGGGAGGAGAAGUUUGGGAGGCUGGGCGCGGGAGAUGUCCACCCUGGGCUGGUGGCGCCGCCGGGCGCCGGGCGCCGUGUGGGUGCACUAGGCGGCUGUUCGCGCCUUAGGCUGCGCUGCCCUGAGGUGAGCUUUGUCUUCUUGAUCCUCCAUCCUUCUUGGAGACAGCUAGGAAGAGGAAGGAGGAUUAGGUCCAAACACUAGGUGGCUGGGUCCAGGUACUUGUGUUUUGACUCUGUUGCUGUGGAUAGCUGCUUGGUCUGAAGUUCCAGAAAGGAUCCUCUUCUUAGACAGCCGGAGAUUUGCACCAAGGAGAUCAUCAAGUUCUUGGUCCUUGAGCAGUACCUAACCAUCAUCCCUGAAAAGCUCAAGCCUUGGGUGCCAGCAAAAAAGCCGGAGAACUGCGAGAAGCUCAUCACUCUGCUUGAGAAUUACAAGGAGAUGUACCAGCCUGAAGACGACAACAGUGACGUGACCAGCGACGACGAAAUGACCCGGAACAGAGGAGAGUCCCCACCACCUCGCUCAGUGUAUUCUUUCAGUGGUGACCGGGACUGGGACCGGAGGGGCAGAAGCAGAGACAUGGAGCCACGAGGCCGCUGGUCCUACCCCAGGAACCCAAGAAGCAGGAUGCCUCAGCGAGAUCUUUCCCUUCCUGUGAUGGCAAAAACAAGCUUUGAAAUGGAAAGAGAUGACGACAGGGACUCCAGGGCCUAUGAGUCCCAAUCUCAGGAUGCUGAAUCAUACCAAAAUAUGGUGGACCUCACCGAGGACAGGAAACCUCACAACACAAUACAGGACAACAUGGAAAACUACAGGAAGCUGCUCUCCCUAGGAGUGCAGCUUGCCGAAGACGAUGGCCACUCCCACAUGACACAGGGCCACUCAUCAAGAUCCAAGAGAAGUGCCUACCCAAGCACCAGUCGAGGUCUGAAAACUAUGCCUGAAGCCAAAAAAUCAACCCAUCGGCGGGGGAUUUGUGAAGAUGAAUCUUCCCACGGGGUGAUAAUGGAAAAAUUCAUCAAGGAUGUGUCACGCAGUUCCAAAUCAGGAAGAGCAAGGGAGUCAAGCAGCCGGUCACAGAGAUUCCCCAGAAUGGCAGAUGAUAACUGGAAGGACCUUUCAUUGAACAAGAGGGAGUCAGUGAUCCAGGAGAGGGUUUAUGAAGGGAAUUCAUUUAGGGGAGGCUUUAGGUUCAAUUCAACCCUUGUUUCCAGAAAGAGAAUUCUUGAAAGAAAGAGGCGCUAUCAUUUUGACACAGAUGGGAAGGGCUCGACUCAUGAUCAAAAAGCCUGUCCCAGGAAGAAGCCCUUUGAAUGUGGUAGUGAGAUGAGAAAAGCCAUGAGCAUGAGCAGCCUGAGCAGCCUCAGCUCCCCAUCCUUCACCGAGUCACAGCCAAUUGAUUUUGGGGCAAUGCCAUAUGUAUGUGAUGAGUGUGGGAGGUCGUUCAGUGUCAUCUCAGGAUUUGUUGAGCACCAGAUCAUGCAUACUAGAGAGAACCUCUAUGAGUAUGGUGAGUCCUUUAUUCACAGUGUGGCUGUCAGUGAAGUUCAGAAAAGUCAGAUUGGAGGGAAACGUUUUGAAUGUAAGGACUGUGGGGAGACCUUCAAUAAGAGUGCCGCCUUGGCUGAACAUCGAAAAAUUCAUGCUAGAGAGUAUCUCGUGGAAUGUAAGGAUCAGGAGUAUGAGGAAGCUUUCAUGCCUAGCCCAACCUUUAGUGAGCUUCAGAAAAUGUAUGGCAAAGACAAAUUCUAUGAGUGCAGGGUGUGUAAGGAAACGUUCCUUCAUAGUUCUGCCCUUAUUGAGCACCAGAAAAUCCACUUUGGGGAUGACAAAGAUAAUGACCGUGAACGUGAACGUGAACGCGAGCGCGGGGAAGCCUUUAUGCCUAGCUCAAGCCUUAAUGAAUUUCAGAAAAUGUAUGGUAAAGAGAAAAUGUACGAAUGUAAGGUGUGUGGGGAGACUUUCCUUCAUAGCUCAUCUCUGAAAGAACAUCAGAAAAUCCAUACUAGAGGGAACCCAUUUGAAAAUAAGGGUAAAGUGUGUGAGGAAACCUUUAUUCCUGGUCAGUCCCUUAAAAGGCGUCAGAAAACUUACAAUAAGGAGAAGCUCUACGACUUUACAGAUGGCCGGGAUGCCUUCAUGCAAAGCUCAGAGCUUAGUGAGCAUCAGAAAAUUCAUUCUCGAAAGAACAUCUUUGAAGGCAGAGGAUACGAGAAAUCUGUCAUUCAUAGUAUGCCCUUCACUGAAUCUCAGAAGAGUCAUACUAUAACAAGACCUCCUGAAAGUGAUGAGGACGAGAAGCCGUUCACCAUUAGCUCUAACCCCUAUGAAAACCAGAAGAUUCCCACUAAGGAAAAUGUCUAUGAGGGGAAAUCAUAUGAGAGAUCUGUUAUUCAUAGCUUAGCCUCUGUGGAAGCUCAAAAAAGUCACAGUGUCGCAGGGCCCAGUAAACCAAAAGUAAUGGCAGAGUCUACCAUUCAGAGCUUUGAUGCUAUCAACCAUCAGAGAGUUCGUGCUGGAGGGAACACCUCUGAAGGAAGGGAAUACAGUAGGUCUGUUAUCCAUAGCUUAGUGGCUUCCAAACCUCCAAAAAGUCACAAUGGAAAUGAAUUGGUGGAAUCUAAUGAGAAUGGAGAAUCCUCCAUUUAUAUCUCAGACCUGAAUGGUAAGCGACUGAAGAUUCCUGCCAGAGAGAACCCUUGUGAAGGGAGCAGUAAGAACCACAACUAUGAAGACUCAGUCAUACAGAGUGUAUCCCAUGCCAAACCUCAGAAAAGUGUUCCUGGAAAGGGAUCUGGUGAAUUUAAGAAGGAUGGUGAAUUCUCUGUUCCCAGCUCAAAUGUCCGUGAAUACCAGAAGGCUCGUGCUAAAAAGAAAUAUAUUGAGCAUAGGAGCAAUGAGACCUCUGUAAUUCACUCUCUACCUUUUGGUAAACAACAAACACUUCGCCCUCGAGGGAUGCUCUAUGAAUGUCAGGAGUGCGGAGAGUGCUUUGCUCAUAGGUCUGACCUUACUGAGCACCAGAAGAUUCAUGAUAGAGAGAAGCCCUCUGGAAGCAGAAACUAUGAAUGGUCUGUCAUUCGCAGCUUGGCACCUACUGACCCUCAAACGAGUUAUGCCCAAGAGCAAUAUGCUAAAGAACAAGCACGGAACAAAUGUAAGGAGUUCAGCCAAUCCUUUGCUACCAGCAAAGACCUCAACACACACCAGAAAAUCUAUGACCAAGAGAAGUCUCAUGGCAAGAAGUCUCAAGGCAAGAAGACCCAUGGGGAGGAGACCCAUGGCAAGAAGUCCCAUGGUGAGAAGUCUAAUGGUGAGAAGACCCAAGGUGAGGAGACCCAUGGCGAGGAGACUCACAGUCAGGAGAUAAUUGAAGACCCUGUCAUUCAAGGUUCAGACAUGGAAGAACCUCAGAAAGAUGACCCUGAUGACACAAUCUAUGAAUGUGAGGACUGUGGCCUGGGCUUUGUGGAUCUCACAGACCUCACAGACCAUCAGAAAGUCCACAGGAGGAAGUGCCUGGUUGACAGUCGGGAGUACACACAUUCUGUAAGUCACACCCAUUCCAUCAGUGAGUAUCAGAGAAAUUAUACUGGAGAGCAGCUAUAUGAAUGUCCGAAGUGUGGGGAAUCUUUUAUUCAUAGCUCAUUCCUUUUCGAGCAUCAGAGAAUCCAUGAACAAGACCAGUUGUAUUCCUUGAAGGGGUGUGAUGACGGUUUUAUUGCCCUCUUGCCUGUGAAGCCACGGAGGAAUCGUGCUGCAGAGAGGAAUCCUGCUCUUGCUGGGUCAGCCAUUCGAUGCCUGUUGUGUGGACAAGGCUUCAUUCAUAGCUCUGCCCUUAAUGAGCAUAUGAGACUUCAUAGGGAAGAUGAUUUACUGGAACAGAGCCAGAUGGCUGAGGAAGCUAUCAUUCCAGGCUUAGCCCUCACUGAGUUUCAGAGAAGUCAGACUGAAGAGAGACUCUUUGAAUGCGCAGUCUGUGGAGAAUCUUUUGUCAACGCAGCAGAACUUGCAGAUCAUGUAACUGUUCAUAAGAACGAGCCUUAUGAGUAUGGGUCCUCCUAUACUCACACCUCAUUUCUUACUGAGCCCCUCAAAGGAGCCAUGCCAUUCUAUGAAUGCAAGGAUUGCGGUAAAUCCUUUAUUCAUAGCACAGUCCUCACUAAACAUAAGGAGCUUCAUCUGGAAGAUGAUGAUGAUGAUGAUGAUGAAGCAGCUGGAGCAGCAGCCCAGGAAGUUGAAGCCAAUGUCCAUGUUCUACAAGAAGUUCUGAGGAUUCAGGGGUCAAAUGUAGAGGCUGCCGAACCAGAAGUGGAGGCUGCCGAGCCAGAAGUGGAGGCUGCUGAGCCAGAGGUGGAGGCUGCCGAGCCUAACGGAGAGGCUGAAGGGCCAGAUGGAGAGGCUGCAGAGCCCAAUGGAGAGGCUGAGCAGCCGAACAUAGGGGCUGAGCAGCCAAAUGGGGAUGCCGACGAGCCAGAUGGUGCAGGGAUUGAAGACCCAGAAGAAAGAGCUGAAGAACCAGAGGGAAAAGCUGAAGAGCCAGAGGGAGAUGCCGACGAGCCUGAUGGUGCAGGAAUCGAAGACCCAGAAGAAAGUGAAGAUCAAGAGAUUCAGGUGGAAGAACCAUACUAUGAUUGCCAUGAAUGCACAGAAACCUUUACUUCUAGCGCAGCAUUCGGUGAGCAUCUGAAAACCCAUGCCAGCAUGAUCAUAUUUGAGCCUGCAAAUGCCUUUGGAGAGUGCUCAGGCUACAUUGAACGUGCCAGCACCAGCACAGGUGGUGCCGAUCAAGCCGAUGAGAAGUACUUCAAAUGUGAUGUCUGUGGGCAGCUCUUUAGUGACCGCCUGUCCCUCGCCAGACACCAGAAUACCCACACCGGCUGACAGCAUUGAGUAAAGGUUAGAAAACCUUCACCUAGGACUUGACCCUUACCCAACCACAGAGAAUUCAAACCAAUCCAUGAUAAUGUCAGUAGGAGACAACCUUAGCGUGUACACACCUGACUUAACAUCACUGAACUCAGAUUGAAAAGAGACUAAAUGUAGAGAUUUCACAGUCUUAAGCUUUCCCCUUCAGACACCAGUGUCUACAUGUGGGAAAGCCACAGCACACAUCUUACCUUUCCAAGUAAUCAGAUUGAGAAAACCCUAUGAGUAUUCUACACUACAAAGAUUGCCCCAGUGAACUGUAAAUGACACUUGCAUAACCGAUAUAUAGUGUUUCCUGAGGUGUAUAUAAAAUAGCAAAAAUUAUGGCAGAACAGUGAUCACAUAUAUUUGGAUUUAAUAUGAUAUACAGUUACAGUUUACUGUGCAGAGGUACCUUACCUGGUACUCUGAAUUUGUUUUUGUUUUUUUUUUGGGUGGGGGGGCGAGGAGGAAGAGAGCAACAAAUUUGAAUAUAUUUGUAAGUGUCUUAGAUCCUGAGAAAGAUUUAUUGUGCAUUAUUUGAACCCUAUCAGCAUCUUUUUGAGUAAUUGUUUUGUUCCUUACCCUUAAAUAGUCUUGUGAAGGUGUAGGCAUGACAGAUAACAUGUCUUUUACUCUUCGCUGUUUGAAAACAGAAGUACUUUGAGCUUCUUUCUGCAGCCAUUUUGUCUGCACCAACACUUUGGAACCUAAUAGUGUGUAAGGCUUUACAAUAUAUGGAUUGGCCUUUUUAUGACCCAAAUUGAUUGGUUGCCACAUUGUAUGUAUGUAUCAGUGGUUCUCAUGCAAAAAUAUUACAAGUUUGUUUUCUGUUUUUUUUUUUUUUUUAAACCAACUCAAUAUGUGUUUGAUAGUAGUGAAUUGAUAAAACCCAAAGCUUUUCCCUGUAAAUCUUACAUCUUUGCCUUUAAAGAAUGGGUUACAACCAUCACUAGAUCACAGUAGUGCCUAAUGAAGGUUGAGAACCGUAGGAGAGGCUCUCAUGCUGUAAAUAAUGAUGCAGGCUGACGACCUUUCAUCACUUUCUUUGUGCGCUUCCUGCCUUAAGUGACAAGUAGCAACAUGGCUUGGGUCCCCUGUGCAGCAUCAGCAUAUGCUGCCACAAGUCAGUUUGCACCCUAGGUGCCCAGGAGCUAGUAUCCUUAGAUCUUUCUAUCGCUAACUUAAUUCUCUUCUUUAUUUAUCUGACCCUGUAACUCCAUAUCUAACUUGUAUUUUUUAAAAAAUGCUUUCUUUACAGUCAACCCAAGCUUAACAUGGACUCAGGUUCCCCAGCAGCCUUAAUUUGUUUUGUUACCAUCUGUUCAUUCUUUUUCAGCUUUCCUAGCAUUUCUGAGUGUUGUGUUCGUCUGAUCUUAGCAUUCCCUUUAAUUACAAAUUGACCUCACAGCUUGAGGUUUCCUGUGUCCUAUUCUGUGGACUACCUGUGCUCCUUUGCUUCCCCUCCCCUUGCCUAAUAACUAUAUUAAGAGAUUUUUUUGGCCUUGAGUUGGCUGAUAAAAAAAAAAAUUAAAAUUUAAAAAAACUAAAAAAAAAGAUUUGCAAAAGAUAAGUGUAGAUCAUUUGAACAAGCAAAAUUAACCCACUGGGGGAAAUGUGUCUGAAUCUUACUCUUCUAGAUCUGCAGGAUUAGGGCUUGGGAGUAUGUAAAAGAUGCAGAGUGCCAAAGUUUAGGAAGAUUGUAGAGCCGAGAGCAAGAAGCAGAAAUGAGCAAGCCAAAGAAGGGAGUCCUAAUAUAUCAACAGACCUAGGAGGGGAGAGGCGACAGACAAAAGAAAACACCAGAGGCAAAAAUUGUGGAAGGCCAGGUUGCCUAGAAUGAAUUGAGUGGGGUGUCCUGAGCAGUUUGGAAAAGAAGGAGUCUUUGAUGGCAUGGUGUAAGUGAGGGCUAGCUGCGUAGGAAGACCUGAGGUUGGAAUGGACAUCAGGAAAGCUGAGGGGCAGUGAGGUGUACUACACGGGAAGAGGACUUUUGAAAUGGGAAUCAGUGUUGAUGUCGGGGUGAACUUUGUGGGUUCAUUACUUGGUGUUAACAUUGUUGGCAGUGUUAAUUCGUAGACCCUUUUCAGAAAGCAACUAGCUAGAAGUCAGGGUGUCCGUUCCAACCUUAAGUUAGUGAAAAGAUAGUGACAAAUGGUAAACAACAAGAGAAUGAUUGUGUAAACCUAUCUAUGGACACCUAUGCAGUUGUUUAAAAAUGAUAAUCAUGAGUUGGAACAUGGAAAUAUAUUUACGGAAUAUUAAGUGGAGAAAGCAGGACACGAAAGUAUAUUUAUACUACAGUUAUAACUGUUUAAAAAUGUAUGCUUAUAGUCAAAAGCUGUUGUGGUGUUGUAGGCUUGUAGUUGAGCAUUAUUUUCUUAAAUUUCUUGAAUGUUCUUUAUGGUAGUGUUACUAAAAAGUUUAUGAUCACAUUUCCAUUGUGAACAUAAUUUGAACUCAUUAUCACACACUUGGAAAAUACAGAAAAGUGGAGGAAAAAAAUUCAUAUUCCCACCAUCCAAAGACAUAUAUACUCUUCUCUAUCUUGUUUAUUCUUUUUUCUGUGCACAAGUUUAUGAUUAUAACUCUGUUGAAAUAUAUAUUCAAAAUAGCUGUUAUGUUACUUUUGUGGAAUUAUGCUUAAAUACUUUUAUCUUAAUUUUUUCAAAUAUUCCUUAUAAUAAUGUCCUUAUAACAGUGUAUUAUGUAUGUCUGUAUUGCGUGCAUAAUACAUACCCAGAUGAAAAAUUAGAAAAUACAGUAAAUUAUAAACAAAAAAUUACCCAUAUUCCCAACAUCCAACAACUACUGCUAACAUCUUGAUCUGUUUCCUCCAUCUUGUUUCAGUGCACAAGCUUGUGAUUAUAACAGUUUUAAAUAUGUGUGCAUAAAGUCUAAAAUGAAAAGAUGUGGAAAAUAACUAAUACAGUGUUAUCAUUGUGGGAAUUUGGUUAAAUAUUUUGUCUCAAAUUCCUUAUAUAAUCUUUGGUGUUUUGGUAAUAAAUUUUAUGUGUGUACUUUUUCAUUACAAAUAUAAUACAUACUCACAGAAAACUGGAAAUUCAGUAAAGAAAGGAAAAUUCACUCAUAUUCCCAACACCCAACAACAAUUACUGUUAACAUCCUGAUCUGUACACUAGUCUGAUUAUUAGGUUGUUAAUGAUAAGUAUGCAUAAGUGGCAAAGAUGGGAAGAAAGAUGGAAAACAAGAAAUAGUUGUGUGGUUGUUGUGGGAUUAUGGUUAUUUUGUCUCGGUUUCCUUAAAAGGUCUUCAUCAUUCUAGUGUUUUGGUAGUCCACCUUUAUUACAUAUAUUUCCAUUAUAUAUGAAAUAUGUGUUCAUUAUAGAAAAUUUGAAGUUACNUGUAGAAGAGAAACUCACCCAUGUUUUCACCAUCCAAAAACCAUGGUUAACAUCUUACUUCAUCUUGUUUCUGUGCACAGGUUUUUGGUUUGUUAAUAUGGUUGUGAUCAUUCUAUCUAUCUGUAAUAGUGUCAACAAUAAAAAUAAAGUUAAAAAUAAA